ACUUGAGGGUUUGUAAUUCACGUGACUCAGGCUGCUGCAUGCAUUGCUGCGUCAAGCUUGGUUCAUCCUUUCGACUUCGCCGCAUGCGUUGACGUAGCUUCUACAUUUUUUCCGUCCACUUGGAUUAUAAUUUUGCUUACAAUUUUGGUAACUGGGUACCUUUGGUAACUUUGGUAAUUUUGGUAACUUCGACAGCUUUGAUAUAGCUUUGAUUUUUUUUUAUUUUUUUUUUGCCACGCACCCGUGCAGCGUCACUUCCAACGGUCCCCUCAGCUGCGAAACAUAGCCGUAGCUACUUCCGCUUCACUUUUUUUUUUUUUUUUACGUCACGGUGUGAAAAAUUGACGGAGUGCUUUCGCUGCUCAUUUGGGCGGAGCGUUCCUCGGGGGGUAACCGAGCGCACCGGUGACUGCACAGCCUAGUGUGGACCACUGGCCGCGCGCAGUAGGCGUCUCGCCCCAAGCCUCCCCCCUCCUCCGGCACGAACAUGUGGAACAUAUUCGCUAACGAAGACCUCUCAUUGCACACCGAAAAAAGGGAAGAAGAAAGUUCAGAAAAAAAAAUACGGAAAAAAAAAGGGCUCGAAACGGCGAGCAACAAAAAUGGACUGACCAAGUCAGGGUCUUAUGGUUCCUCCUUCUCCAAACACGACAGCAAAAUAGCGAACAAGGCAUAUGACAUCAAAAUAAAGGAACUCAGGAAAAAUUUCAGAAAAAAAUACAGAAUUGUGCGCACACAGUUGUUGAAGAUAAUCAAAAUUGUGAAGCAGUUUCCGGAGGUGGACGCGGAGGCAGAGAAAAGCGGCAAGGCGGAAAGGGGACAGGCGGAAAAGGGACAGGCGGAAAAGGGUCAGGCGGAAAAGGGUCAGGCGGAAAAGGGCCACGCAGAAAAGGGCCACGCAGAAAAGGACAAUGCUGAAGGGGACAACAUUCGAGGGGACCAUGCCGAGAAGGGAAAAGGCGGAAAGAAGAAGGAACACAGCGAAGGGGCCACGAACACCGCCCCGGAUGGCAGCGACGACCAAAGGGUAAUGGUCCAAGUGGAGCUUAUCAAAAAACUAAACAAGAUAAUCGAAAAAAUUGAUGUAGAACAAUUGAAGGCAAAAAAAAGGAUAAAAGCGAAGCAAAAUAAUAAGCCCAAGAAUGAAGAGGAGGGAUUAAAAAACAAACCAGCCAAGCAAGCUUUCACCCCGAAGCCUUUCGUCGCAUCUCCAAAAAAUGAUUCACACAAAAGUAACAUUAACGUAGUGAAAAAAUUCCCGAAAAAAAAUUUCCCCCCAAAAUCGGCCAAUAACUUCCAAUAUUUUAAUCCUCAAGAUAUGGGUGAAAAUGCAGGGGGAAUGAUCUUACUACAGAAUGAGCAAAACAGCUUGAGGAAUGAGUACUUUCAAAAUAGCGGCAUGAAUGUUUAUAGUAAAAAAAACAACGGGGCGAAUGUUUAUCACGACACGGAUGAUUUGGUAGUAACUGACUUUUAUAUGUACUCCUCUACCCUGAAUGCGGGCUCCAUUCGGAAGAAGAAAAAGUCCCACUGGCCGGGGGAUCACAUGAACCAUGCCGCGACGAAUGAUAACGGUGGGUAUGGCGGGAGCAACGCGGGGUAUGGCGGGAGCAACGCGGGGUAUGGAGGAAGCAACACAGGGUAUGGAGGAAGCAACACAGGGUAUGGAGGAAGCAACACAGGGUAUGGAGACAGUAACGGUGUGUACGGAGGAAACAGCGGUGGGUACGGCGGGAACAACUACAACAACUUUGGAGGCAACAACUUUGGAGGCAACAACUUUGGAGGCAACAACUGUGGAGGCAACAACUAUGGGUACUCGGCCGGAAAUUACUACGCCAGUGGAAAUUACGACUACGCGGGGGGGAGCUUCAACUACGGAGGUCAAAACUAUGGCGGUGGAAAUUAUGCAGGCGGUACCUACAGCAGUGGAAACUACAGCAGUGGAAACUACAGCAGUGGAAACUACGCCAGUGGAAACUACGCCAGUGGGGACUACAACUACGAAGCGAAUAAUAACGCGCCCUUCAGAGCCAAGGGAAACCACUUCGCUGGAAAUAGCAACCAAGAAAAAGGCGCGGGAAACAAAAGCUUCUUUCAAAACAUGGCGUCCACAUCUUAUACGCAGAGUUUCAAGGGGGGAGUGCCCCCCAAUUACGAGCCCCAGAAUUUGCCUAACAUAGCGGACGGGUAUCACACACAAAACAAAAACAAGAGAGGCAAUAUGAACAAUAAAAAAAAGGGCUACAAGUUUGCCAAGGAUGAAAAGAUUAGGGGCUUGCUGCGUACAGCAACGAAUGAAGACGAUUUGGUGAAGGCCAUCGGCUUUGCUAAGAAUGCGGGCCUCCAUUUUGAGGCCAAAUUGGGCAGCAAAAAGCUUAACAAGCUCAAGUUGGAGGGGGAAGACGGGGCUCCCUCGGAGGUUUGA